AUGCAUCUGCGCAUCGUUCCCAACAUCAUGACUGAAGUCAUCGACACUGCCAUUCCUGAAAAUGAGAUCACAGACUACAUUUCAAAGCGCAUGAGAUUACUAGCCAAGCUACAGCGCGAGUUUCUUCGUGCGGACAGGAAUUCUCAGUUCUGGGAUGUCGUCAAGCCCAGCAUCUUCAAAUCACCCAAGAACACGACAGACCCAAAGAUCAAGAUUGAGAUAGAUGACAGGUCCCCGUCCUGCGCCAGGUGGCUGACACCCGCUGAGAGCCUUGCUAGUCCACAUCCUCACGUUGAAAGGGUCUCUGCGAUAGCCGAAAGUCAUGGGGUUGAUAUCAAAGUAGAGCCUGGGCUUAAGAGCCCCAGUAUCUUUGCUACCGCACAAGCCUUUGAAGCCACACGCAUCUCAAAGGUCUCAUCACCUCCGUACUCCUCGCCAUCGCCUCCAACUAGCGGACCCCAGACACCCCCUGAACGCACCUACACCCGUCAUCCUCCCGCGGUAUACGGCCUAUUCAUUCUCAACACUUCAGUCCUUGUCCUUACGACAGACUCGUCCAGAGGACCGGACUCAUAUGUCAGCUUCCACGUGCAGGUCGACUUCUUUGACGAACAUCAGGGUGUUUGGAACGCUCUGACAAUUGCUCUUGUAGCAUGCCUUGCUCGUGAUGAGCUACGCACUCGUCUGACUGAUUUUGAGGAGCUGCCCGUCGUGGAGGACAGUGACCCAGAUGCUUGA